GGUAGAGACAACCCAGCAGCAACUCACACCAACUGUGCCACCGCCUCCUUCAAUAUAUUGUUUCCGAUCAAAAUCGACGGCCGUGAUUCUCCCGGAUCUAACCGCACCAUUUCAAUCCACCUUUCUAUUCUCCUUUCCCUUUUCUUUUACCUAUAAUUUUUUUAUUGUUUUUACCCUUCUUUCCAUUUUUAUACCUUUCUCUCUCCUCAAGUUCGCAGCAAAUCUAGAGAGAGAAUCGCCGCAUCGUCCGCCAGAAACCCGCAAUUUCACAAAUCACACACUACUGCAGCUGCAGCGCCUCCAGUUCCUCGUUUUCUGGGAAGCGUAGGGUAUCGGCGAGAUCGGGUAGAGCGAUGGCGCCGAGCACGAUACGGAAAGCGAUCGGGGCGGUGAAGGAUCAGACCAGCAUCGGGAUCGCUAAGGUCGCGAGCAACAUGGCGCCGGAGCUGGAGGUCGCCAUAGUCAAAGCCACCAGCCACGACGACGAUCCGGCGUCGGAGAAGUAUUUGAGGGAGAUUCUCCAGUUGACCUCGUUUUCCCGAGGGUAUGUUAGCGCCUGUGUGGUCGCUGUGUCUAGAAGGUUGGGGAAAACGCGUGAUUGGAUUGUGGCUCUCAAGUGUUUGAUGCUUAUUCAUCGAUUGCUCAAUGAAGGAGAUGCUGUCUUCCAGCAGGAAAUCAUGUAUGCUACUAGAAGGGGGACUAGGUUGUUGAAUAUGUCUGAUUUUCGCGAUGAGGCGCACUCGAGUUCUUGGGAUCACUCGGCUUUUGUGAGAACCUACGCGCUGUACUUGGAUCAGAGGCUGGAGAUGAUGAUUUAUGAGCGGAAGCAGAGUGGGAAUGGUGGUGAGAUUGAGAGAUCUGGGGCUAGAGAUGAUAGGUACAACUAUAGAUCACCACCGGGAUCAAACAGGGGUAAUGGAUACGAGUAUAGUCACGAGUAUCGGGAGGAGCCCUAUGGGAUGCGCAGAUCUAGGUCGUCUGGUGAUGUGAGAGAGUCGACACAGGCGAAGAAAGAUGCUACUCCUCUUAGGGAUAUGGCGCCCGAGAGGAUCUUUGGGAAGAUGAGUCAUUUGCAGAGGCUGUUGGAUCGGUUUUUGUCUUGCCGGCCUACGGGUUUGGCAAAGAAUGAGAGGAUGAUUCUGGUUGCAAUGUAUGCUAUUGUUAAGGAGAGCUUCAAGCUGUAUGCUGAUAUCUGUGAGGUUUUGGCUGUGCUUCUUGACAAGUUCUUUGAUAUGGAGUAUCAAGAUUGUGUCAAGGCGUUUGAUGCUUAUGCUAGCUCAGCAAAGCAGAUAGACGAAUUGAUCGGAUUCUAUAACUGGUGCAAGGACAUUGGUGUGUCGAGGUCUUCUGAGUUUCCAGAAGUUCAGAAAAUUACAGGCAAAUUGUUGGAGACUUUGGAGGAAUUUGUGAGGGACAGGGCUAAGGCGACAAAGAGCCCAGAGAGGAAGGUGGAGGCAUUGCCGGCUCCUCCUGUGGAGGAAGAGCCGGUGCAAGAGAUUAAGGCGCUGCCGCCUCCUGAGGACCCUACUCCCCCACCACAACCUGAGCCUGAGCCUCCUAAGCCCGCCAUUCAAGGCGAUCUGCUGGAUCUAAGGGAUGAGGGAGUGACUGCUGAUGAUCAAGGGAAUAAGUUUGCUCUGGCACUGUUUGCUGGACCGGUGGCCAACAACGGGAAUGGCUCGUGGGAAGCAUUCCAUUCGAAUGGGGAAUCAGAGGUGACCUCCGCCUGGCAAAAUCCGGCUGCAGAGACGGGCAAGGCUGAUUGGGAAUUGGCUCUUGUCGAAACUGCUAGCCAUUUGUCUCAGCAAAAGGCUUCAAUGGGUGGUGGACUUGAUCCGUUGCUGUUGAAUGGCAUGUAUGACCAGGGAAUGGUUAAGCAGCAUGUGAGCACUUCUCACUUGAGUGGUGGCAGUGCCAGCAGCGUUGCGCUGCCAGGUCCUGGAGCGAGUAAAACUCCAGUCCUGGCACUCCCUGCGCCCGAUGGAACAGUCCAGACCGUGGGACAGGAUCCAUUUGCUGCGUCUUUAAGCAUUGCGCCUCCUUCAUACGUGCAGAUGGCCGACAUGGAGAAGAAGCAGCAACUGCUGGUGCAGGAGCAGAUGGUGUGGCAGCAGUAUCACAGAGACGGGAUGCAAGGCCAGACGAGCCUGGCCAAGAUCGGUGCAGGCGGAUAUCAUGCUCCCGGCGUACAGCCUCCAAUGCCAUAUGGUAUGCCACCAGUGAACGGAGUCGGAGUGCCACCUGCUGGUUACUACUAUACACCCUACUGAUUCUUGGUAAAUUUUCCUAUACGUUAGAUUUUAAAUCUUGUGAUAUUCAAUGUAUUUGAUGUGAUUUUGCUGGCAUUUGUGCAUUUCUGUUUUGUAAUAUUAUUUCAUUUGGGAUUGCAGGUGCUUGUUCUAGAACUACUAAUCCUAUUCUUUUCUUUCUAAUAUGAUAAUUUUGUGUA